AUGCUCAAGAAAAUCGGAGAGCUCUUUGGUAUGCUCACCGGUGGUACAGCCAAAGUCGAGAAAGAAACUACUCAGCUUGAUGUCAGACUGGAGUUGGACGAAUCAGCACACUUUCAACACACGAAGGCGAGUUCAAAGACGAGCGCCUUCCUGAACAAGGAAAACGCUGAUGAAGAUGACGAGAUGGAGGUUGAGUACAUGAUCGUCGCCGAUAAGUGCAUCACUGCGGCACUAUCUGUUGAGGGCACUCGCGACCGACUGCUUGAGCAGCAGCGGUGGAAGAAGAGACGUGUAGGAGAAGUUUCAUCGCGCUUUCUUACUGCUCCUCCAGUCAUCAAGCGUAGAAGGCAGGUCACACGCCUGUAUAAGCCCAGGCGAAAGCUGAAAGGUCUGCCGCUGGGCGAAGCCCAAGCGGAGCCUCAAAACCACAACCCCACUCACUUCGCGACUGGUGCUCCUUCUCGCAUUCCCCAUCGUCAUCGCUCAAAUCUACAUCCAGUCCCUCUAAGCGCUCGCCAAAACAUGUCCUCAACUAAGUUCACCUCGCCUCCACCGGCACAACCCGACUCUGCACCCGUAGCACUCUCGUUCGUUGCCAACUGCGACAACCGAGUUGCAGUUAUCACCCUCAACGCCCCGGAGAAGCUCAACGCUCUCGGCUGGGCAGACUACAAAUGCAUCACCCAGUGUCUCGAAUGGAUCGCCCUCCAGCCCGACAUCAUCGUCACCAUCUUCACCGGUAAAGGACGAUACUUUUCCGCCGGAGCUAACGUCAAGGAUCCCUCCCGCACCCUGCCCGAUCACGUCGCCCGCGCCGACAGCAACACUGCCGAGGGCAAAGCCAUCAUUGCCGACUUCUACGCUGGUCGUACCCACGCUGGUCAGGGCAAGCUAGCUCUUGCGCUGCGAAACCACCCCAAGAUCUUGAUCGCUGCGCUUAACGGUCCAACUGUCGGACUCUCGGCGGCUAUCCUGAGCCAUUGCGACCUGGUGUACGCCUACGACGACUUCUUCCUCUUCACUCCCUUCAUGUCCCUCGCCCUUGUAGCCGAAGGUCUGACUUCCGUCACAUUCAUCAAAAAGAUGGGUCUGGGUAGAGCGACAGAAGCGCUCUUGGAAGGCCGAAAGAUGUCCGCACAAGACCUCAAGGAAAGCGGCUUCAUCACCAGACUUUACACCAAACCGCCCACCUACGAUGGCAAGGACAAGCUAGCCACCCCACCCAUCCUGGAUGACGUGGUGAAACACGUCCAGGACAAGUUCUUGCCUCCCAACGCCAGUCCGUUCUCGUUGCUGUAUACCAAAAAGCUGCUGAACGACGCUGCGUAUGCGUACGCGGGGGUGGAUGCGGUGAAUCAGGCCGAGUUGAGAGGUGCAGAGACGGUGUUUGCUUCGGGCGCUCCUCAGAAGAGGUUCGAGAGCAUCGCUGGUGGUGCACGUCACAAGUUGUAG